AAAACAACUGACGAAUUCGCUUAAAGAACUAAAGAAAAAGGGAGUAAUUGCGUCUGAAAUUCACGACUCGAUUAAACCGACUGGAUCAUAUACACCACGACUAUAUGGUUUGCCUAAAAUCCACAAAUCGGGUCUUCCUCUGCGCCCGGUCCUUGAUAUGUACAAUUCUCCUUACCACAAAAUUGCGAAGUGGUUAGUACGAAUUUUAGAGCCUUUACAUAAAUCAGUUGUGCAAAGAAGUGUAAAAGAUGUUUUUGAGUUCACUUCCAAAGUGGAAAGUAUGAAUGUUAGCAAGAAAAUUAUGAUCUCACUGGAUGUGGUUUCGUUGUUCACUAACGUACCACUCCUCGAGACUAUUGAUUUCAUAUGCGAGCAAAUUAAAGAAAAACAAAUCAACAUUGGCUUGCCCAAAGAUUGCCUUAAGGAAUUAUUCCUAAGACGCACGAUGAAUGUCCAUUUCGUAUUCAACAACAAUUAUUAUAGGCAGAUAGACGGUUUAGCCAUGGGCUCACCUCUAGGCCCGAUUCUAGCUGAUCUCUUUCUAGCAAAGCUAGAAAAUGGACCACUCAACGAAGUUAUUCAAAAACUUGAUCUAUAUUGCCGUUAUGUCGAUGACACAUUCAUCAUUGUAGAUCAGGACACCAGGAAAGAAAAACUUUUAGAACAAUUCAACAAUGUACACCCGGCAAUCACGUUCACUGGUGAAGAAGAAUAUGAUGAAAAACUGUCUUUCCUUGACAUCACACUAAGUAGGUGAAAGGAUGGUUCACUAAGUAGAAGCGUGUAUCGAAAAAAUCCCAGUGCUUGCCAAUACACUCACUUUUGUAGUUUUACACCUAUCCGCUACAAAAGAAAUUUGGUUAGAUGUCUCACUUACAGAGCAAAUAUGAUAUGUUCAAUGAAUACUGUAAGUCAGGAGCUGGAAUUCAUCAACGGCUCACUAACCGAGAUUGGUUAUCCAAGCGCAUUCUUAAAG